AUGACUGCCAUGGAAUCCUAUCCUGCUCUUUCCACCUCCAAUAUCGGAAUGAUGAUGGUAGAUACCUCAUCAAGAAGAAGCAGUACAUUAUCUUCCUCCUCUCCAACCUCCUCUCAUUCCACUUCCUCUUCUCAUAAAAAACAUUCUCCAUUGUUUGAGAGAAGACACUUGACUCAACCCUUAUCAGUUUCAUUGAAACCUACUCCUUCGACCUCGACCUCUUCCAAAUCCACGAUGAAUACACAACAAGUGAAACCAACGUUCCACUUAUCUCAAUAUUAUACACGAGACGAAAUUGAAGAAAUUUACUUUCAUUGGAUUGAAAAUACUCAUUACAUCAAACUGUAUGAAUAA